GGAUAGAAAAGUGGUGUAUUCAUAUAAACAUGGCGUUUAAUUUUUGGCGUCCGCCUUUUAAUAAUAUAUUCAAGUAGCAUAAUAACUUCUGAUUGAAUAGGAAUUUUAUCGAUACUACAUUGAAGAAGGAUUGAAAGCUGGAGUGGUGUAAAUAUUCUGGGUUAGGAAGUGAAAGAAGGAAAAAAAGAUGGAUUGGUGUGGGGCAGUGCCAACCUAGUGGCAUAGUGACAUGCAGUCUGAGCCUAGUACAAGGUAUAUCCAUUCUGUCUCUGAUCUACUUUAUACUACUGACGAAAUUGAAUUUCUUCUCGACGAUAUUAGAGACCUGGAGCCCAAAAGCUAUAAGCCUGAAGAUAUUCAGGAUCCGGAUGGUGGUAUGAGUUGUGUGUUGCAGGACUUCGAGAUAGCGGGUAGCAGGACGGGGGCACUUAGCAGCGCAGGAGGUGCGGCCGAUUGCGCGGGAGGUUGCGAAUGCGAAUCGCCUCUCGGUACAGUCAAUUCUUGGGAUUCGCAUUCACAUUAUCGUCGACAUCCUCCCUCUCCUGAUAUCUCGCUUUACUCGGGAGUCAUCCUCUAUUGCGACCAUACUCAUCUCAGGACGUCUACCGGGUUUUUUCGGCUACUUCUACUGGCAACGUCGAUAGCUUGCCUAGCAUGCCUAUGUACAUCUGGGACAUUGAAGAUUGGACUCUUCAUGCUUCCAUCGAUAGGAAGAAUACGUUUAAUGAUGUUCGUAACAUUAUUAAGUAUGUUUACAACAUGCCUUUUGCUGUUUCUUGAUAUAUCCCACAUCGUAUAUUUGUUUCCGUUCAAUUGGGGUAAAGUGAACGCAUAUUUUUACGUAAGCCUUAGUGUGUUGUUCCUUGUAGCUUCGAGUCUGAUAUUUCAUAUGAUUUUUUCGAUAGAACUGCCGAAAUGGUCUCACCAUCAACUAUUAGUUACUGGUUGUCUGGGGUACGUUUGCAGUAUAGAAUCAGCGAUAAUAUCGUUAAUACAAAAAUGCCAAAUGGCCCAAUACGAGCCGGUGGAAGAGGAUCUGAGUUUCCAUUUACAGGAGAGACCGUUUUCUCCUAAGGAUUCUCCUCAACAUAACAAAUUGAAUCAAACAACGCACAAUUAUAAGCCUAUUGUCAACUAUUCGGUGGUACCGUCGACGUCGAAGCAGGACCCUAUGAAUUAUUUAGAGGAUAUUCAGCCGUGUUCAUCGAAAUCAGGGGAUCCUUUUAGAUUAGUAUGAUUAUAGCUGAGGGUUUUACUUCAGUGAGAUUAUAACUGUUAUAUCAUUAGAAGGACGUAAUGAGAUAUCGGAAAUGUAAUUAUUAUAAAGAAUAAAGCAAAACAUUAUUAAAAGAUCUAGAUCUAGUCAUUAUUUCGUUUUCACACGAAAAAAAUCAUCUUAAAUAAUUUUUGCUUUGUUCCGAAUUUUAGAACUGACGUAAAUUUGUAACUUAUUCAAAAAUUACAUAUUUGAGAUAAAAUAUUUUAAGUAAAAAAAAACAGGAUUUUAAUCACCUAACGUUUUUAUCAUUUCCUCAUCUUCUUUUCGAUUUGUUUUACGAGAAAGAUUAUCCGUAAUAGAAGUAUCCUUUUAAUCAUCCAUUUCUUGUCAUUUUCCUUGAAUUUCCCAAAAUGUUUUUCUUUUUGUGUCCUCUGGCUCUUUAUUUUGUCUAUUUCUUGUUAAUCUGUCUUUUUACGAUAUUUUUCCAUGCUGAUUCAGAUAUUUUCUUUUUCAACGGCCUAACGUUCUUUUUAUUUCACUUUCUUCAUUUUAAUUUUGGUUAUGAGAAAAAUUGAGUUAUUAUUUUCCCAUUUUACUUUUUCAGGUGUCACAUGACAGUUUCCGUAUCCAUUUAUUCUUCAAUAUUUGUCAUUUUCCUCAAUUUCUCUCAAGUUUUCUUUAUCUUAGUUUCUCUGUAUUAUUCUAAAGAGUUUAAUUCAUGAUGAUGUAAAUUUUCUAAAUUUUUUGGUAUCAUUCGAAGGUUUCGGUCUCUUUUUGACCUAUUUUGUCCACUGCCCAAUGACUUUUUCCCAUUAUACAAAAUUAUGUCAAACUCUUUUUCUCCUUGGUUUAUUAAUUUUGUCUAUCAAUUCUUUCUUCUAUUCCUCCUUGGCUUCUAGUUAGACUGUUUUUAUAUAAUAUUUCCAUGCUAAUUGAGAUAUUUCUUGAUUAUUGUUUUUUAAUUAUUGAUUCUUGUUUUGUUACUUUUUAUUCUCUAUCAUAGUUUUCUCUGUAUUCUUCUCAGGCAUUAAAUUUAUGACACUAUAGAGAAAAAUAGACUUUUCAACAUUUUUAGGUAUCAUUUGAAGGCUUCGGUCUCUCCUGGAUCUACUUCAUACAGUUUCCGAUGACCUUUUUCCAUUAAGUCAAACUCUUUACAUUCAUUUUGUCUAUCAAUUCUUUCUUCUAUUCCUCCUUGGCUUCUAGUUAGACUGUUUUUAUAUAAUAUUUCCAUGCUAAUUGAGAUAUUUCUUGAUUAUUGUUUUUUAAUUAUUGAUUCUUGUUUUGUUACUUUUUAUUCUCUAUCAUAGUUUUCUCUGUAUUCUUCUCAGGCUUUUAAUUUAUGACACCAUAGAGAAAAAUAGACUUUUCAACAUUUUUAGGUAUCAUUUGAAGGCUUCGGUCUCUCCUGGAUCUACUUCAUACAGUUUCCGAUGACCUUUUUCCAUUAAGUCAAACUCUUUACAUUCAUUUUGUCUAUCAAUUCUUUCUUCUAUUCCUCCUUGGCUUCUAGUUAGACUGUUUUUAUAUAAUAUUUCCAUGCUAAUUGAGAUAUUUCUUGAUUAUUGUUUUUUAAUUAUCGAUUCUUGUUUUGUUACUUUUUAUUCUCUAUCAUAGUUUUCUCUGUAUUCUUCUCAGGCAUUAAAUUUAUGACACUAUAGAGAAAAAUAGACUUUUCAACAUUUUUAGGUAUCAUUUGAAGGCUUCGGUCUCUCCUGGAUCUACUUCAUACAGUUUCCGAUGACUUUUUUCCAUUAAGUCAAACUCUUUACAUUCAUUUUGUCUAUCAAUUCUUUUUUCUAUUCCUCCUUGGCUUCUAGUUAGACUGUUUUUAUAUAAUAUUUCCAUGCUAAAUGAGAUGUUUAUUGAUUAUUGUUUUUUAAUUAUCGAUUCUUGUUUUGUUACUUUUUAUUCUUUAUCAUAGUUUUCUCUGUAUUCUUCUCAGGCAUUAAAUUUAUGAUACUAUAGAGAAAAAUAGACUUUUCAACAUUUUUAGGUAUCAUUUGAAGGCUCCGGUCUCUCCUGGAUCUACUUCAUACAGUUUCCGAUGACUUUUUUCCAUUAAGUCUAACUCUUUACAUUCAUUUUGUCUAUCAAUUCUUUCUUCUAUUCCUCCUUGGCUUCUAGUUAGACUGUUUUUAUAUAAUAUUUCCAUGCUAAAUGAGAUGUUUAUUGAUUAUUGUUUUUUAAUUAUCGAUUCUUGUUUUGUUACUUUUUAUUCUUUAUCAUAGUUUUCUCUGUAUUAUUCUCAGGCAUUAAAUUUAUGAUACUAUAGAGAAAAAUAGACUUUUCAACAUUUUUAGGUAUCAAUUGCAGGCUUCGGUCUCUCCUGGAUCUAUUUCAUACAGUUUCCGAUGACUUUUUUCCAUUAAGUCAAACUCUUUACAUUCAUUUUGUCUAUCAAUUCUUUCUUCUCCUCUCUCUUUUAUUCCUCCUUUAUUUUGGUUGUUCAUCUUUGGUCUUUCCAUAUAUUCUCACUAAUCCAGCUGUUUUUUUUCUCCUACCCCCUAUAUGUUAAUUUCAGUAAAAAUCUGUGUAAUGUAUAAAACGAACCAAUAAUAAUAAUAAGAAGAAGAAUCACUUAGAAUUAUUAAAACUACGGGUAACUUCGGAUGAUGUAAUUUUUGAUGUAGUUUUCGAUCCAUCAAGUUUAAUAUUAAUUUUCGUGCAAAUAGUUUGAUGCAGUACAACGUUGUAAAACUUUUUUUACAAAAAAAAGUGUGUGAUAGAAUUAAAUUUUAUAUAACAAUUACGUAGCAUUUUUAUAAUAUUUAAAUUAAAUGAGAGUAGGUUAUAUACACUUCAUGAUAGUUUUAUAUGAACCCCGUAUUUUUUUUUCGAAGCAGAUUAAGUAAUUUUUGAUUCAGUGAAAACGAAAAAUGAAUUUUGAUGUACAAUUUUCUGAUUCAAUAAACUAACAGGUAAAAUGGCGUCAGAUACACUAAAAAAACAUCAAAUUGCUACACACCGAGACAAAUUCUUUUUAUUUGUGAUUUUUUAGGUGUUUUAAAGUAUGUUUAUGUUACACUAAAGAAAAUUUUAUUAUAGUGGACGUAUUGAACAUUUUUCUUAGUGUAUUUAUGUCUUGACUCUGGUUAGUAGUUCCUUGUCGUAAUCUUGAAUACACUGAUACAAAUUUAUUUACCUUUGUGUCUUUUUUUAUGUCAUUUGAUGUAAAGUAUAAUGGACUACACUGAGAAAACAAUUAUGCUGAAAUAAUUUCAAUUAUAGGACCAUAUAUGGUUUAGGGAAAAUUAUUAAAUGGAAAUUACAACUUAAUCAACGUAUUUUUUAUCAUUUUACAUUAAAAAUUUAAUUAUUUUGAAAUUUCUUAUGUCUAAGUUCACUUAUGCACAUUUUAUGGCAGUUUAAAUGUAGGAAACUUUUCUCAGUGUAACAUAGCAAGUAGAAAUAGAAGAAUUUCAAUUAUGGGGUCAUAUAUCGCUUGGGAAAAAUUAUGAAACGAAAUAUUCAACUCGACUAACGUAUUUUUGUCUGUUUUCAUAUUUUGAAAUUGGAAAUUUGAUUAUAUUGAAAUUCCUUAUACAAAAUUUACAUAUGAGAAACUUUUCUUAGUGUAGCCUAGCAAGAUUAGUCGCUUAAUGUUCCAACAUCGACGACAUUUGACCUAAAAUAUAACCGAUUACACUGAGAAAACAAGUUCAAAUUAUUAUAUGGAGAAUAUUACAUUUAUGAGACCAUAUAUUUCUUAGGGAAAAUUAUUAAACGAAAAUUAAAACUUAAUCAACGUAUUUUUGUCAUUUUUCAUAAUUGUACAUUGAAAAUUUGAUUAUUUUAGAAUAUCUUAUGUCUAAGCUCAGUUUAUAUACAUUUUAUUGCAGUUUAUGUAUAGAAAACUUUUCUCAGUGUAAUAUAGGUUUCGAGAUUUAUAUUAUUUGAUGUAAAGCACAAUAGAUUACACCGAGAAAACAAGCUUUAAUCACUGUAUUGAUAAAAUAUCAUUUUUGGAGGCAUUUCAUAUAAAGAACAACAGAAUACACUGAGAAAACAAGCUUAAAUUACUAUGUUAAGAAAAUAUUUAUUGUGGUAUUCCAUAUAAAGCACAACAUAUUAUAUUAUAAAACCUAUUUUUGUCGGUUUCCAUACUUUUACAUUAAAAAUUAAG